CGGACACUGGGGCUGGAGGGGCUCCAUGGCCAUGGAGAGGAGAUCCGGACCGGGCGACGCCAGGAGCUCCGCUCAGUCUCUGUGGAUCAUUGCGUAGGCACCUGAGUUAACCGACGCUAGGCGGGGGAGGGGAAGAGUUGGGAGAUCCUGGCAAAGGAGGAGCUCUUUCCUUGAGGACCCGAGGUGCUGCAGUCACUGCACUUUUCAGCAAUAAAUCCAAGGUCCUGACUUCCCUGGAUGCUCUCUGUUGAGGGUUGAUGUGUGUCACCAGACCUCUCCCUGGAGCGGAAACAACUCACUUAAAUUCUCCACAUAAGCUUUGAUGCUGCAUAGAAGGUCCCUGAGGACAUUAUUGGUUGAAGAGUUAUAAUCCACAUUGAGUCACUCAGAAUAAAGAAUUGUCCUCAUUGAUUGUGAGUUUGAUGGAAGUAUUUUAGAACAUACAAACGUCCACCACAAACUAGAUGUCUUCAUCAGUGACAGGGUAUCAUGUAUGCCACUGAUUCCAGGGGACACUCCCCUGCUUUCCUGCAAACUCAGAAUGGAAACAGCCAUCGAUCACCUGGUUAUGUUCCAGGAAAGGUCGUUCCCCUGCGUCCCCCUCCUCCUCCAAAGAGCCAAGCUUCAGCCAAGUUUACCUCCAUCCGACAAGAAGCACAGGCAGCCUUUGCAUUCUCACCUGAAGAACAGCAAACACAGAGAGCAAGCCGGAAGCAGAAGCGACACAAGAAUACUUUCAUUUGCUUUGCUAUAACUAGUUUCUCAUUUUUUGUUGCACUUGCAGUCAUUUUAGGAAUAUCCUCAAAAUAUGCUCCAGAUGAGAAUUGCCCAGAUCAAAACCCGCAUCUCAGGAACUGGGAACCAGGACAAGAUCCUGCAAAACAAGUUGUUAUCAAGGAGGGAGAUAUGUUCCGCCUGACGUCAGAUGUCACGGUGAAUUCAAUUGUCAUUGAGAAUGGAGGGCUGCUUGUAUUUGGGGAUGAUAAAGAUGGAUCCAGAAAUAUUACUUUGAGGACUCGUUACAUCCUGAUCCAGGAUGGUGGGGCGCUUCAUAUUGGAGCAGAAAAAUGCCGCUAUAAAUCCAAAGCGACAAUUGCUUUGUAUGGCAAAUCAGAUGAAGGCGAAAGUAUGCCAACAUUUGGCAAAAAGUUUAUUGGCGUGGAAGCUGGCGGGACACUGGAGUUACAUGGGGCACGGAAGACAUCGUGGACGUUGUUGACAAAGACGCUGAAUACCUCAGGCUUGCCAUUUGGGUCCUAUACCUUUGAGAAGGACUUUUCCCGGGGCCUCAAUGUGAGGGUCAUUGACCAAGACACGGCCAAAAUUUUGGAAAAUGUGAAGUUUGAUACGCAUGAGUACCAAAAUGAGAGCAGGCGACUUGAGGAAUUUCUGAGAGUCCAGGAUCCGGGUCGAAUUGUUGCUAUAGCUGUGGGAGAUUCAGCUGUCAAGAGCCUGUUACAAGGAACUAUCCAGAUGAUCCAGGAAAGGCUGGGGAGUAAGCUGAUCCAAGGACUGGGCUACAGGCAAGCUUGGGCUUUAGUUGGUGUCAUUGAUGGUGGAAGUACUUCUUGCAAUGAAUCUGUGAGAAACUAUGAAAACCAUAGUAGUGGCGGGAAGGCUCUGGCCCAAAGAGAAUUUUAUACAGUGGAUGGUCAGAAGUUCUCUGUGACAGCCUAUAGUGAAUGGAUUGAAGGUGUUUCUCUUUCAGGAUUCCGGGUGGAGCCUGUGGAUGGAGUGAAGCUUCACCUGCUGGAUGAUGUUAGUAGCUGGAAGCCUGGAGACCAGAUUGUGGUUGCAAGCACAGACUAUUCCAUGUACCAAGCCGAGGAGUUCACUCUUCUCCCCUGUCCCGAGUGUAACCGUUUUCAGGUCAAAGUUAAAGAAACCCCUCAGUUCCUACACAUGGGAGAGAUCCUAGAUGGUGUAGACAUGAGAGCUGAGGUUGGAAUUCUCACCCGGAAUAUUGUGAUCCAUGGAGAAUUGGAGGACUCAUGCUAUGCAGAAAACCAGUGCCAAUUCUUUGAUUAUGAUACCUUUGGGGGACACAUCAUGAUAAGGAAAAAUUUUACUGCAGUCCAUCUCUCUUAUGUGGAGUUGAAGCACAUGGGUCAGCAGCAGCUGGGGCGGUACCCUAUUCAUUUUCAUCUGUGUGGGGACGUGGAUUAUAAAGGCGGGUACAGACACACAACAUUUGUGGAUGGACUGUCUAUUCAUCACAGCUUCUCCAGAUGCAUCACUGUGCAUGGGACCAAUGGCUUACUGAUAAAGGACACCAUUGGAUUCGACACACUAGGUCAUUGUUUCUUUUUGGAAGAUGGUAUUGAGCAGAGAAAUACUUUGUUUCACAAUCUGGGACUACUCACCAAGCCAGGCACUCUCCUCCCCACCGAUAGGAACAACUCCAUGUGCAUCAACAUGCGAGAUAAAGUAUUUGGAAAUUACGUCCCUGUCCCCGCCACUGACUGUAUGGCUGUUUCAACUUUCUGGAUCGCUCAUCCCAACAAUCAUCUAAUUGAUAAUGCAGCUGCAGGUUCCCAGGAUGCUGGAAUAUGGUAUUUAUUCCACAAGGAACCUACGGGGGAGUCCACUGGAUUGCAGUUCUUAGAGAAACCAGAACUCACUCCACUGGGUAUAUUUUAUAACAACAGGGUCCAUUCAAGUUUUAAGGCUGGCUUAUUUAUUGACAAGGGUGUCAAAACAACCAACUCCAGUGCCGCUGACCCGAGGGAAUACCUCUGUUUGGAUAACAGUGCAAGGUUUCGACCUCAUCAGGAUGCAGACCCUGAAAAGCCACGAGUUGCUGCUGUCAUCGACAGACUUAUUGCUUUUAAAAAUAAUGAUUAUGGAGCAUGGGUGCGAGGAGGGGAUAUUAUCGUGCAGAAUUCAGCAUUUGCAGAUAAUGGAAUAGGACUAACCUUUGCCAGUGAUGGAAGCUUCCCAAGUGAUGAAGGUUCCAGCCAGGAGGUAUCUGAAUCCCUCUUUGUUGGGGAGAGCAGGAAUUACGGUUUUCAGGGUGGUCAGAACAAGUACUUUGGCAUUGGAGGAAUAGACCAGAAGCCUCGGACAUUACCUCGGAAUAGGACAUUCCCAAUUAGAGGCUUUCAGAUUUAUGACGGGCCCAUUCAUCUCACCAGGAGUACUUUCAAAAAAUAUGUGCCAACUCCAGAUAGGUACAGCAGUGCAGUUGGCUUCCUCAUGAAGAAUACCUGGCAGAUAACCCCCAGAAAUAACAUUUCCCUUGUGAAGUUUGGUCCACAUGUCUCUCUGAAUGUCUUCUUUGGAAAACCUGGCCCCUGGUUUGAAGAUUGUGAGCUGGAUGGGGACAAGAACUCCAUAUUCCAUGACAUUGAUGGCUCUGUGACAGGGUACAAGGAUACUUAUGUGGGACGAAUGGACAACUACCUGAUCCGCCAUCCAAGCUGUGUCAACGUGACUGAGUGGAAUGCAGUGGUUUGCAGUGGGACCUAUGCCCAGGUCUAUGUACAGACAUGGAACACACAGAAUCUUAGUAUGACCAUCACACGAGAUGAGUAUCCAUCCCACCCUAUGGUACUCCGGGGGAUUAACCAGAGGGCUGCCUUUCCUCAGUACCAGCCUGUGAUCAUGCUGGAGAAGGGCUACACCAUCCAUUGGAAUGGGCCAGCACCGCGGACUACUUUUCUAUACCUCGUAAACUUCAACAAGGAUGACUGGAUUCGAGUAGGCCUCUGCUAUCCAUCAAACACAAGUUUUCAAGUUAACUUUGGCUUUUUACAACGGCAGAGCGGCUCAUUAUCCAAAGUUGAAGAAUAUGAGCCCGUGAACUCGCUGGAAGAACUGCAGAGGAAGCAGUCUGAGAGGAAAUUCUAUUUUGACUCCAGCACAGGGUUACUGUUUUUGUAUCUCAAAGCUAAAAGCCACAGGGAUGGCCACAGUUACUGUUCAUCUCAGGGAUGUGAAAGAGUCAAGAUAGUGGCAUCAACAGACUCAAAAGACGUCAGUAAUUGCAUGGCCAAAGCAUAUCCACAGUAUUAUAGAAAGCCAUCAGUGGUCAAGCACAUGCCGUCCAUGCUCACCAGACUCUGUCAAGGCUGUGGCACUCACCAGGUGGUGUUUACCAGUGAUCCUCACAAGAGCUACCUCCCUGUGCAGUUUCAGUCACCUAGCAAAGCAGAGACUCAGCGCGGAGACCCAUCUAUUAUUUCUGUCAAUGGCACCGACUUUCCCUUCCGAAGCGCAGGUGUCCUCAUCCUCCUCGUAGAUGCGUGCAGCGUUCCCUUCCGGUUGACAGAAAGAAAGCUUUUCCUUCUUGCUGAUUUCAGUCGCAUGGAAGAGUAUUUGAAAACAAGCAUCCCUCCAAGGUCUAUUGUUCUGUUGAGCACGAGAGGAGAAAUAAAGCGGUUGAAUAUUUCAGAUUCAUUAAUACCUCUGGGAUUAGCCAAACCAGCUCACCUUUAUAACAAAGGGAGUACCAUAUUUUUGGGAUUCAGUGGAAACUUUAAACCAUCAUGGACUAAGCUAUUUACCAGUCCUGCUGGACAGGGCCUUGGGGUGCUUGAAGAAUUCAUACCUUUGCAGCUAGAUGAUUAUGGAUGUCCCAGGGCCGGAAGCAUCCGCAGAAGAGAUCUGGAAUUGUUAAAGCAAGCUUCAAAAGCGCUUUAGAGACUGACUAUAAUUUAAGUGCUGGGGGAAAAAAAUGUGAACUAACUUAUUUAAUUUAUGGCAUUUAAAAAUGACACUGUUAACCCAACAGAACCGUUUUCUUGUUUGAUACUAAAAGGGGAGAAAAGAGUUUUAAAGGAAUUGCUUGAAUACCAGUUCGCGCACCUUCUAGUUGUAUAAAAUGUUUAAGGAUUUAUUUGUCUUGGUAAGGCUGGUGUAUUCAGAGAGCAGUUCUCUUGUUCCUCACCUUGCGCCCUACUAUUUGGUAAUGACCAUAUAUAUAUAUAUGUAUAAACGUUUUGUAUAAUGGGCAUGGCGGAGUGGGAUGGGGGCUUCUGAGAGUCAGCCUGAGCUCUUUAGAGGACCUGCUACUGUAGCACCUUGGAUACUUGAAGUCUGACGCUCAGUUGUGUCGCAAAGCAGUUGAUUUGGGUGUCUGGCUCAUUCAGCAAUGCCUGGGGCCCUAUUUCUGGGAAGCCUUUGAGAAUUUUGUAUGAUGCCGAAUGACAGAAUUUUACAUGACAACUCAGGCCCAGCUCAUGCCCUUUUUUGCCUGGACAUGUGCUAUUUUUAUUCAUUUGUAUAUUGAUUACUUCUAAGGAAUCAAUUUUCAAACAGGAAGUAUAUUGGGACAAAAGGGCUUUGGGGGACGAGAAAUCCCUUUAAUCUGUGACCAUUGAGCAAAAAUUUGACCUGCACUAGGGUCUGAGGUUGUUGGGACCAGUUUUUGCAGCUUUAAUCCUUAAUCUGUCUUGACUGUGUAUUUGUUUGAAGUGCAGAGCUGAGCUGAACAGUUACGUUUUUGUUUUUGUUUUGUUUUAAAGAAGCAGGAUGUUUUCCUGAACUGUAAACUUUGUGUUAUUUUUAACUUGCACAAGGGAAGUGUGUUCUUGGUGUUGCUCUUGCACCUAGGUUUUUUGUUAAUGUUUUAGUGUGGAUUUUUCAGAAGCUUCUCUGCUCACCAUCCUGCCAGGAAAAUCAGAAAGCUUAAUGAUACUCCAGAAUGAUGAGGGGAGGCAGGCUUUUUAAGGGUCAGAAUCAUGAAGCGAAUAUUGAGAAAUGAGCCUCUUCAUAGCCUUAAAGGAGUGAGUCACUCUGCAUUAAAUGGUUAAGGAAUUAAAAAGGGCAUCAUGACACCCAGUUUCCCUUUCCACUGGGAUCUUGUGUCUCCUGCCAGUGAGGGCUGUGUGUGGCAAAAGGAGAUUGGCUCCACAGCCUGGGUGUUGCACAUCAGGAGGAAAGAUACUUCAAAAUGCCUUUAUGUUUUUAUAAACCCACAAGGCACAAGUCUGGUGGAGGGAUGGCCAAGGGUGUUCAGGCGGACGUUGGAAAUAAGCAUGGACAAAUUCACUUUCCUCUACCAAGGGCCAAGGCUGAUGGCCUGUACUUCUGUGUCCAGGAGACACUACAGAGCAGCUCUGUGACUUCUGUUACUUUACAGAAUAUGCUACCUCAAAGUGCUACCGAUAAACCAUUCUAACUGUAAGUGCUCGUGCUAAGGGCACGUGUCUUAAUCAAAGUUUGGUUAUCUGUUUUUUGGGUGUGGGUUGUUAUUGUUGUUGUUGUUGUUGUUGUUUCCCUUGUAUAGUGAUGAGUGACAUUUUACCUAUUAAAUAUAUUAUUGGAUCAUGGUUCCUGAAAGUGAUUAAAGUUCGUGUGUAUGUGUGUUUUAUGAGUUAAAUAUCUAUGAUGUGUGUUUUUUAGAGUUUGGUUCUUUAAAGAUUUGGGGAGGAUGGGUAAGUUUCAAGGCACUCAGUUUUUUCUGAUUUAUAUACUAAUAAUCAGGGUCUAAGUUAAAUAAAUAAAAAUAAUGUAUGCAUGUAUUUUA